CUGCGAACCAUGAGGGGAAUCGGAAUCCUAGUGGCGGUCGCUCUGGCCUACGGGCUUCUGGCGGUUUCCGCCGUAAACCUGCCCGGAGUGCCUGUGGACUUUGAUCUGGACGACCACAUCCUGUCAGCUAUUGCGGACGACAUAUCCGAGCGCCUGGCCAAGGAGUACGUUACCUUCUUGAAGACCGGAGUGGAGACGCCCGAGUUCCUGAAGCUCACCAACCAGCUGGCCAAGUCGCACAGUGCGAAGGACAUUUUCACCCGGAACAUGCCCGAUCUGGAGCCGCGGGACAGCUUCUUUGUGUGCGUGGCCUGUCGGUCGGUGAUGCGGGUCUUCAUCCGCACCAUUCGCGACGAGGAGGGCGAGCUUCACGGCGAGGGUAGCACCCUCCUCAUGAAAGACUUCGCCAUGGACGUGUGUCGCAGACUGAACCUGCAGACCGACGAGGUUUGCGAGGGCCUCAUCGACGGCAACGUGGCCACCGUGGAUUACAUCCUGCGGAACUCGGAGAUCGAUUCCCAGAGCUUCUGCUCCUUGUUCAUGGAGUACAGCUUCUGCAACGCGGGCUCCAAUGCGGACUACAACUGGACUCUGCCCGUGGAUAACACGGGAGCAGCAUUGACCGGACCCAAGUCCGAUACCCCUCGCUUCAGCGACGACGACAUCAGGAUCUGCCAGUUCAGCGACAUUCACCACGAUCCCUUGUACACUCCGGGAAGUCGGGCCACCUGUGCCGAGCCCAUGUGCUGCCAGAGGGGCAAGGACGAGGUGGAGGGCACAAGCGACGCCGCCGGCUACUGGGGCGACUACAGGGACUGCGAUCUUCCCUGGCACGCCUUCGAGUCCGCUUUGGAUCACGCGGUGGCGAACACGAAGUGCGACUACGUUUACCAGACUGGAGACAUCGUCGAUCACAUGGUGUGGGGUACCUCCGUGGCGAAGAACACCGAGGUGCUCACCAAAGUCAGCAACCGCCUCAACGCGGCCUUCGGCGAUGUUCCCGUCUAUCCCUGCAUCGGAAACCACGAGCCUCAUCCUCUAAACCUGUUCAGUCCCGAAGGCGUUCCGGAUGAGGUCAGCACCAAGUGGCUGUACGAGCACCUGUACAACGACUGGUCCAAGUGGCUGCCGGAGGAGACGAAGGAGACGAUCCUCAAGGGAGGCUACUACACGGUGGUGCCCAAGAAGGGAUUCCGCAUCAUCGCCCUGAACAGCAACGACUGCUACACGGACAACUUCUGGCUGUACCACAGUGGCACGGACAAGAUCCCGCAGCUGCAGUGGUUCCACGACACCCUCCUGGAGGCGGAGAAGGCCGGCGAGUACGUCCACGUGCUGACCCACAUCCCCUCGGGCGACGGAACCUGCUGGUCGGUGUGGGCCCGCGAGUUCAACCGCUGCAUCACCCGCUUCAGCGCCACCAUCAGUGGCAUCUUCACGGGGCACUCGCACAAGGACGAGCUGUUCGUCUACUACUCGGAGGACGAGGGACACGCCACUGCGGUUGCCUGGAACGGAGGUGCUGUGACCACCUACUCGAACAAGAACCCCAACUACCGUCAGUACGCCGUGAAUCCCGAGACCUACACCGUGACCAACCACUUCACCUGGAUCUACAACCUGACGGACGCCAACCUGAAGCCGGACGAGCAGCCCGAGUGGUUCCUGGAGUACGAGUUCAUCAAGGAGUUCACCGAGGACACGAGUCCUGCUGGCAUUGACAAGCUACUGGAUGAGUUCGCCGAGAAUCCCACGCUGAUGAGGAAGUACUGGCGCUACCGAGUGACCUCUGCGGAUCCCCAAGUCAACGGCGGAUGCGAUCGCACCUGCCUGGCAGGAUCUCUUUGCCGUGCUGCCGUGACCAUCAACUCCCAGCGAGGACGUUGCGAGGAGCUGCGGGAGAAGCUGUUUGCCGCUCUGGACAACGAGGAUAACACCUCGCCUGGAGUCAGCGAACCCACAACGCCUGGAGGAAUCGAACUCACCACUCCGGGUGACGACAACGGAGGCGGAGGAUCCUCCUCCUUGGGACUGCUCAGCAUCAGCUCCUUGCUGGCCGUGGUCCUGGCCAUCCGCCUUAGCUGCUAGUUACGCUCAUUGUACCCCUAAGUUAUAUAAAGCGGAUGGAUUCCAUUCCGAACUGACCACUCUGAAGUGGCAAUAGAAGUACGCGCUUAUCCCUAUCGAA